AUGGAGGAAACGCCAAUGGGCGAGUCCAUCAAGAUAUCCUGUGAACGAUGCCGUCGCCGCAAGAUAAAAUGUGAUCGAAAACGACCGUGCUCGCGGUGCAUCAAGGCUGGCACCGAAUGUAUCCUCAGCGGUAGUGGAGAGAAGCAACGGCCAAUAUCUAAAGGCUAUGUUCAAGCUCUAGAGGGUCAAGUGGCAUCUCUGGAGCUACUGCUUCGCAAGCUCGCCGUUGCUGACAGCGCUGAGAGAGAUGAGAUGCUGUCCGAGAUAGCUCUCUCACCACCAGCCUCACUCGACAUUACACAAAAGUCGCAGAUUGACCAUGCCAAGUCAAAUACUGACCCAAAAGUUGUAGCUGCGCAGGUCCGCUCAGGACAGCUGAGACGCCCUCGAUCGAGCCAUGCCACUCAGUUCUUUGGCGGCACCAGCGCCUUUCACAUCCAUCUCUCACAAGAGGUCUCAUUAUCCCCAGAUGAGAUAUCUACUCACCUCGAAUCCAACUCCACACCGCUCAUGAUGAACAUACCGGAAGUGAGCGCUUCCAGCAGCCCGAGAGACCCGAGCUUUGUCUACGCACCUCACGAUGAGACUUCCCAGGCGUGCAUGGCUGCCUAUUUCAAGUAUCAAUAUCAGUUCCAUAUGCUCAUCUACAGAGAGUACUUCUUACGAGACUAUGAUGUUGGCUCGGGAAGAUACUACUCAGAUGCUCUGCUCUUUGCUAUCUGCUCGCUUGGCGCCAUGCAGCUCGACGAUUCCCGCUCAGUGUCCGAUAUCUUUGCCCACCAGGCCCAGCAACUGAUCUACGCAGCUCUCGACAGUCCAGAACUCACCACCUUGCAGGCCUUGGCCUUGUUGGGUUACCGUGAGAUUGGUGUAGGUCAUACGUCAAAGGGAUGGCUCUUUGCUGGUAUGGCUUUCCGACUUGCCCACGAGAUGGGCCUUCACCUUGACCCAAACAACUGGGACGCUUCGACAGAAGGAACAUCAAAUCGUGACACGGAGAUUCUUAGAAGAGUCUACUGGGCUAUAUUCAUUGCCGACAAGCAAUUGAGUCUCUACUUUGGAAGACCACCAGCUCUGCACCCCAGCGAAUCAGACGUCCGCAACACUAUCAGACUGCAGUACCCUCCAGACUGGGAGGGUUUGCUGGAUACAUACAUCUGUAAAGGUGCUUCGGCAACAGAAUUCGAAGACGGAGUUGCCCUUGUUGGAUCCUUCAUCUACCAGGCAGAGCUGUGCAAGAUCGCCCAUCUCAUGAUCACGGAUCUCUUCGAGAACCGUCGAGGUAACGUCGACGCCACCGUGGCUGCAGCCAGGUCACGACAAAUACACGUGUCGCUCACAAAGUGGCUAUCGAGUCUUCCCGGUACUCUACACUGGAACCAAUGGACUGUAGGCGUGGUGCAACCCUCGGUGCUUCGUAUGCACAUGCUGUUCCACACAAUCAUGAUUAUUCUUCACCGGCCACCUUCGCAUAUGUACGAGAAACAAGGUAUUGCCGAAAGUGAAGACGUGGAGAUCUGCUACGAGUCGCUGCAGGCUAUCCUGCGCCUGAUGAGAACAUAUUCGCGACACUAUCGAUUCCGCUCAUUGCCGCUGGACUUUGUCCAGACUCUAUCCACGGCAGCUGGAACCAUUAUGAUGAAGAGGUUCUUCCAGGGAGCCUCGUGGGAAGACUCAGACAUUGCACGGUCACUCUCGACCGUCAUUGACGCAAUGGAGGAAGUACAGCACACCUGGCCGUGCAUGGGUGAGAUCAAAGAUUAUGUCGUACGGGCACGCAAUGCACAGGUUGUGAUGCCCCCGGAAGAUCCUCUCAUUGGGCCAGAUCUCAUGAACGGCCUAGAGCUGGGUCACAAUGUCACGGCUGAGCUCAUGGCUCAAUGGGGUGAAGAGUUAGGUACACUUGUGACGGACGAGUUCUUGAGUAUGCAACUUCAGGGUUCAGAACAAGGCGUGAUGGCGCCGUUUGACUUCAACCAAUCACCCCUAGGGCCACAGUAG